GGUUAAGUUUAAACAGAACGUAAAUUAUUGUGGAGUUUUAGAAACUACAUUAUACAGCCGUUUUCCACCGUAACAACUGACAAAGAUGAUGUUUGCGCGGUCCUUGCUGUUUAUUUUUGCUGGGAUGAUAAGAUAAAUAUUUUACAUAUGUCCACAGGUGUAACUAGCUAGUCAUGGCUUCCGUGGUCUGUCCUCGGGAUCAGAAUGAAUGGGAGGAACGAUCCAAACACUGCGUGGCUAACGAACAAAAUUACCACUGUCUGAAGGACGAAUACGGGAACUUUGUCAAUGCCUGUGUCAAUAAGAUAUGGAUUCAACCAGGAAGGUGUCCGGUCUUCAUAAGUGAGGAACACCGACUGGAAUCCGCCGCCUGCAAGUCUACCGAAUACACGUGUCCUGAGAUCACUUAUAAUUCCAACGAAGUCUUUAAAUAUCCUGCCUGCACUAUGAGCUCCCAGCAGAGAAUAACACCCAUUUCAUUUUCCCUCAUAAUGAACAACCAGUCCACGACGGCGGCGCCCACUGCGCAAGAGGAGCCCACUUCCUGUGGCCCGGCGUGUAUGGGCAUUGCCGUAGCGGUGCCCAUUGUGGUUAUCUUACUAAUAGUAGCUGUGGUGGUCUUUGUUAUAUGGAGGAGGAGGUCAGGAUCCAGAGGCGGCAAAAAGGAAAGUAUCCCAAGAAUGUUUCACAGGUUUAGAAAAGACAAAAAGAAGGAAGACACGCAAAUCCAGCUAGAAAAUGAAGAACAAGGAAAGAAGCUUCUAAACAAGAAACUAAGCAAGCCAGAUAUGAUCAAACCAGAUGACAAGAAUCCGUUCUCAGAUGAUAUGCUAGACGACAAAGAUGAGGAAAACAGUCCCUGGAUGUGCUUUCUGAAGAGUUUAAAUUUAAAGGUGGAUAACCUGUAUAAACCUCCCACUGCUGAGAACCUGGGUUCACGGUUACGGUCCCUAGAGGUACUGUCCAUUGUCGGUAAGUGGGGCAGCGGCAAGACGACUCUGGCAAAACAAGCCAUUCUGGACUGUGCCCUCAACUUUAUCAGCAGCACCUGUAAAUUCACGACUGUACACAACAUAUCCGAUUGGAGGAAAGGAGUGUUCGAAAAUUGUACUUGUUUUGUUUACCUCCAAGAUUGUAUCAAAGAAUGGUAUGCACCAAGUCAUGUAGAAGAACUAGCUAAAGGACUGACUGAUUUGUUUAUGAAUGCUCGUGGUAAAUGUUUUGUAAUUCUCGCUGUAAGAGAUACGGUGUGGGAGAAAUAUGAAAAUGUUUUAUCGCAGUGUGAAAUUUUAAAAGGCACAAGACUACAUUUUAUGCAAGACAAGGAGACACUGUGUUCGAAAGACUUCAGGGAAAUUUUAUCUAAACAAUUACAAGCUAACAAUGCCAGUGUCCACAUUUCCGAGAGUAUCCCAAUAGAUGACAAAUCUAAAGAAGCAGCCCUAGGUUCUACGAAAGCAGAACUUCUAGUAGCCAAAGAAAAAUGCGUCAUAGGUAUCCCAGAAUUGAUGGCUUUCUCGUGCAAGAACCGACGAGUUUUAGCCAAUGUCGAAAGGUUCUGUGCAGAACCUUUUAGUGUCAUAAAAGACGAUCUAAAACAAAUGUCAGAAUCACCGAAAGUUUCUGAAAAGCACAAAUUCGUGGCCUUAACAUACGCCAUGAUUCACAAUGGCAGCUUCCGUCUUGACAACUUGAACCAACACCUGCUGAGGUCCAUACGGACCAUUUUUGCUGUGUUCAGUCCUCCUGACGAUUAUUUUGAAGAAGCUGUAGAAAAACUGAUGGAAGAUUAUCUUGAAUUAGGUGUAGAUAAAGAAACCUACUACAUCCAACACGAAAUCAUAAGUAGAAUUAUUUUUGAAAUUAUUGCUGAGAGCAAGAUGGAGUUUUUGAUCCAGAAUUGCGAUUCCAGACUUCUUUUGAACUGUAUUAGACCCGCCACGUUCUCCUUCUCAUCCAUCUUCGGUAAAUUAAACAAAGAGUUGGUUGUAGGAAUCGAAUCAAGUCAGCAUCAAGCACUUUGUGAGAGGUUCAAGGAACUGGAGAAAGGAGGUGAAAGCGAGGUUCGCAAUCAUGUGAUCAUGGAAGACGCGGGAUUCCAGAGACUUAUGAUGUCAUAGGAGGUUAAAACUAAUUUAGAAACAUAUUUUAAAUAAUAUUUUAAUGAUAUUUAAAAUAUUUUAACAACGUACUACCUGCGUAUUUUAAAUAGAUUCAUAGCUAUAUACGUAAUUCUUUCUGUGUAAAAAAAAUAUGCUAAGGUUAUGCCGUGAUCAAUACUUGUAUGACAUCUAUGCAUGUUCGGUAUCCAAAGUCAUAAAUGUACAUGAUUAAUCCAAAUAAAUGAAAUAAUAAAUGCUGAUCAAUAGGCCUACUAAACGAAUUAAAAGUUUCCAUUUUGGGGUAUAAAAUGCAAAACUACUAAUUAGAUCUUCAGAGCUUACAUGUAUUAAUAAAAUGCUUCCGCCAUUAAUAAUUUUUCAUCAAGGGAUAUUUUUGAUUUUGAAGAGCUCGUGCACGUUGAAAUUUUAAAUUUGUAUAAUUUGAUAUAUCCGAACAAAUAAAUAUAUAAAAAUAUGUUUGGUUUUUAAAUUCUUGUCACUGCAACAGUUGUUUAUUAAAGCAGUACUUCUUCCAAAAGCUAGCUUUAAAUCUUUUAAUUUAUACUAGUAUUUUCACAUGCAUGUACUUGCAAAGAGAACUCAAUGUGUCUCCCGAUAAAAAAUAUCAAAAAACAGGGAAGCCCUACAGGAAUUACAAUGUCUAUACGUCAACACUUUUAAUUUUUUGGGCCACGUACUGUGCAACUUUUUUUUAAAAUAAGAUAUAACACAACUUAU